AUGGGAUACAUUGGUGUUAGUAAUUAUGAAACAACUAACAAAAAUCGGUGGCAAAGUAUUCGAAUACUCAAAAAUCGACAAUCAAGCGUUAAAUUCUUACCAAUAGAAAUGAAUUCAAAUAUUUACGAAGCUUUUAUCUCCCCAACUGAUCCAUAUAUUGCACCUGAUAUCGCUAAAAAUGGUCCUUAUUCUCUUGGUGAUUUAUUUUUAGAAGAAUCAUCCGGAUCUGGCUACUAUAUCAUUCAAGGUCGCGUAGAUGAUGUUCUUGUACAUACAACUGGAGAAAAAACAAAUCCAUUGCCAAUAGAACUUGCUAUUCAAGAACAUCCAAUUAUAAAGCGUGCUGUCGUUGUUGGUCAUCAACGUUUUUGUUGUUCAGUUCUCAUCGAACUCAAUUUAGAAGAAGCAUUUCAGUAUGAACUUCGUUCAAUUGAAGAACAAGUUUUUACUGCUGUACAAUCUGCCAAUAAAGAUGCACCAACACAUUCACGGAUUAUUCCUGCUUUGAUAAAAAUUCUUCCAAUGAGCAAACAUUUACCCACAACUGGAAAGGGUAAUAUUAUUCGAAAAUUAGUUGAUCAAGAAUACGGUUCUAUUAUUGAUCAAAUGUAUAAUCAAUUUCUCAAAGAAUCACAAAAUAAAAAUAAUUCUCAAUUACAUUUGAAACAUCACUUAUCGACAAAACAUGGAAUUUGUAUUUAUCUGCAAAGAAUAGUAGCUGAAAUUUUCAAUAAACCGAUUGAAAUAUUUGCUGAUUAUUCGAAAUCUUUAUAUUCACUUUCACUUGAUUCGCUUACUGCUAUUGAACUACGAAAUAUUCUUUGUGUCGAAUUUGGUCAACUUGAUCAGCAAAUUAUCCAUGAAUUUUCAUCAAUCGAUGCUUUAGCUGAUCAAUUAUUGCGUAUUAUCAACAAAGAACAAGUUCAGACAUCAAUUGAUACUCAACAUUACAAAGAAACGGAAGAAAUCAUUGACAAAUACAUUGAUUUAAUGAAAAUAGAUGAUAAUCGAAGAAUAAUCACCUCAAAAAAACAUUCCAAUGACUGUGAUCAUAACAUACAAAAUGAACGGAUAUUCUUAAUUACAGGUGCAAAUGGUUCACUUGGUAGUCAAAUACUAUUACAAUUAUUACAAAAAUUACAAGUUAGUCGAAUUUAUUGCUUCGUACGUGGUCAGGAUGCUAGUGAUCGUUUGCAACGUGCUAUGGAAAUACGAGAACAAGAUUUAACCAUGUUACUCAACAAUAAUCGUAUUAUUAUCUUAAAUAUGGAUCUUAAUCAUGACAGACUAGGACAAACUCAAGACAUGUACAAACAAUUACAGAACGAAGUCACCGACAUAAUUCAUUCAGCUUGGAAAAUGGAUUUCAAUAUGACUAUAAAAGAUUUUGAUCAAGAUUGUUUGCAAGGUCUAUAUCGAUUACUCAAAUUCGCUUCUAGUUCAACAACAAAAUUACCAAAGCGUUUUCAUUUUAUUUCAAGUAUCAGUGCUGCUGGCUCAAAUUUAUUCAACGAAAUUAAAGAAGAACCAUUACCACGUCGAGUAGAAAUAGCUCUUCCACAUGGUUAUGGACAAUCAAAAUAUGCUGCUGAGCAUAUCUGCUUGGCAGCUAUGGAUUUAUGGAAGAGUCUACCUCUUGUCUUCUUAGGUGUACCCAUUGAUAUAUAUCGAUUUGGACAGAUUAGUGGUGAUAGUGGAACGGGUGCAUGGAAUACUGCUGAAAUGAUAUCGUUAAUGAUAUGUGCAGGUGGUGGAGGAAUGGGUAUAUUACCCGAUAAAUGUCAAAAAAUCGAUUGGAUUCCAGCUAAUUAUGGUGCAGCAUGUGUAGUUGACAUUGCAAUUAAUACAAGCACAGAAUUGACGUCACCUUUUGAACGUGUACAUCACAUUCUCAAUCCACAUGAGAUUAACUGGUCUGAAUUACUUGAACAUUUGAAAUUAUCUGGACUUCAAUUUAAAGUUGUUUCCAUUAAAGAAUGGUUACGUAUGCUUCUCGCUAGUCCCAAGAAUCCAGCCUAUGCUCUAGUCAGCUUCUUUGAAAAACUCUUUGCUGAUGAUAAUCAAAUGGAGUUUGCUAAAUUUAGAACUGAGAAAACCACUCGUCGUACUACGAUGCUUGAAUGUUGCCCACCUAUUGACCAAAAACUUAUUCAACGCUACUUAAACUAUUGGUGGAAAAUAGGCUUUCUUAAGUAUGGAUAUAAUCCUAACAUCUAG